AUCCGGAAGACCACGCAGUGGGCUCCGCCAACCAGACACCAUGGCGACACGAGUGGAAACACUCUACGUUGUUUACAUUAUUCUUCUUCUAUGUAGAAACAACGUGUUCGCCGUGGAGCCAGUCAAUUACAAGAUCAACGACACUAUACUAAUCUGUAGUCGCUGGUUGGGUAGGACUCUCGCGAAUGUCUGCGACAAUGAUUACAAAAUUGUCAAAAGGGAUACUUCAAUAUUAAUGGAAAAAAUGGCACCAAAAAGCGUUCAAGAGCAGAAAACUAAGCAGCGUUUGCUCGAAAAAGAGCGCUGGCGCCGAUUCCGCCGUCAGAUUGUGUCCGAGUGCUGUGACAAUCCAUGCACAGUCGGCGAAAUCCUCUCGUACUGUCCCAACGACUCCAAAGUCGUCAGAGAAAACCCACAAUUAUUCGAAAAUUAAGACGUGCCCGACUUACACGGAGUAUUAUUAUUUUUAGUUACAAUAUGGACUCUUAGUAACUGUUAAAGAAAAUUAUUGAAAACAUCUAUACCUACCUGAUACCCGAGGAUACCUGAAUGUAGACAAUAUUUUCAAGAUGUGUAGGUACAUAUACAUGGUGUACAUUGUUUAUAUUUUAAGACGACGCAGAAAAAAUGCAAAG